UCGUUUACACUCCAUUUCCCACAAUGCCACGCUGCUCGUCCUUGUCAAACCUGCCUCGGGUGGCUGACAGGAGUAGUAACGGUGGAGAUACAAGAGCGUGGAUGAUGUCUGUCACAUGAAGUCACUGCUGGGCGGCUGGCGUUUUAAGCUGUACAGAAAAACAGUGCCUUUGAAGUCCAGAUACAACUUCUGUUAGCAUUCCUCCAUAGUUUAUGUCUGAGCUGCGCUGUAGAACAGAGUAGUGUGGACGGUAAUGUAGCGGGAGGAGCUAACAGCUAGCUUACAUUACUUAACCUAGUACCAGUUGGUUAAACAUCCGCUGAAGAUCCUUCAGACGACUCAAAGUUAAACAUCAAGAGUGGGGUAUCAAACCGUAAGAACCAUUCGAGCUGGUGUGAGCUUCAAGCUCUCACCUUUCUGUGGUACUUGCAUCCCCACCCUCCUUGUGAGUUGAAUGCACAAGUGGUGAAUCCGCGGGGAUGGGAAGUGGAGUCCAGAAACGGUUGUCCUCGCUGACGAAAGGAGAGGUGCCGCCUAUCACUUCCUCCAGCCAGUCGGAAGACAUCAAGCACAGUCGAUCAGUCCUCAACUCGCUUUUCUCUGGGGCUUUAGCCGGAGCCGUGGCCAAAACCGCCGUGGCCCCGUUGGACAGAACAAAAAUCAUCUUCCAAGUGUCCUCAGCAAGAUUCUCUGCCAAGGAAGCUUAUAAGCUGAUCUACCGCACCUACCUGAAGGAUGGCUUCCUCAGUUUGUGGAGGGGGAACUCCGCUACGAUGGUGCGAGUCAUCCCGUAUGCUGCUAUCCAGUUCUGUGCACAUGAGCAGUACAAAAGGCUGCUGGGGGGAUAUUUUGGCUUCCAGGGAAACGCCCUCCCUCCAAUCCCCAGGUUGGUGGCUGGGUCUCUGGCUGGGAUCACAGCAACCAUGCUGACCUAUCCUCUGGACAUGGUGAGGGCCAGAAUGGCUGUCACUCCCAAGGAAAUGUACAGCAACAUUUUACAUGUUUUUGUGCGAAUCUCUCGAGAAGAGGGCUUGAAGACGUUGUAUCGAGGUUUCACUCCAACUAUCCUUGGUGUCGUACCCUAUGCUGGUCUCAGCUUCUUUACUUAUGAAACGCUAAAAAAGUUGCAUGCAGAGCAGAGCGGACGCUUGCAGCCUUACUCCUACGAGCGUCUGGCCUUUGGAGCCUGCGCCGGCCUGAUCGGCCAGUCGGCGUCCUACCCUCUGGACGUGGUGAGGCGGCGUAUGCAGACCGCAGGGGUCACAGGUCACACGUACGGCACCAUCCUGGGCACCAUGAAGGAAAUCGUGUCCGAGGAGGGGGUUAUCCGAGGCCUGUACAAAGGUCUCAGCAUGAACUGGGUCAAAGGACCUGUAGCAGUGGGGAUCAGCUUCACCACCUUUGACCUUACACAGAUUCUCCUGAGGAAGUUGUAUCAAAAGGGAUAAACCCAGUAGCACCAGAGACCCAGAAAGGACGCCGCUGAGGGUGGAGUGACCUGAUCCCAAGAGCUGCUGGACGUGAAACAGAACAGGAAACUGAGAGAAUGUUUAUUAGUGGAAAGAAACAAACGCACAAAGACCAACAACGGGCUCCUUAGGUUGAAACGUGAGGUGAACGUACCUACUACAACCUGUUGUCAAGUGCAAUAUGAUCACUUUAUUGCAUGCUUAUAAAUUGUAAUGCUCCAGCCUUGUGGAGAGGAUUUCUGUGAAGGUUUAGAGUUACAGACAUGGUUUUGGUUUAAGCCGUUAAACCAAAGGUAAUAAUCUGAGUUUGUUGCAGAUUAUAUGUUGGCAUGUUUAAAAAAGAGUUGUUUUUUUCCCCACCAUGCGUUUCAUAGCAUUAACCACAGCAAUUUGAUCAAAAGUGUUUUCAACUUCACCCACAGGUAAUUAAAUAACACACAGACUGUUUUAUGCCAGUGCCAAGACAGUUGAGUAUUAAGUGUCCAUAUUAUUUAUGUUGAUUUCAGUGUAAACAUGUUAGUUUUUUAAAAAGUGCAUCAGUGCAGAUUUCGUGCCCCCUGACAUGUGGUUGUUUAGGAAUAAAUUAUUCUGAUCUUUUAAUCAAACACUUCCUGACGUAAUCCGGUAAAAUGCCCCCUAGUGAAUAUCACCGCUGUUAGGUUACAGCAAAGUGCUAAUUUGUUUUUAACUAGUGUUGAGGAUUGAAGAUGUCCAAGACUGAGGCAUUUUAAUGACCCUCCUUAUCUGUAUACAGGUGAUGUCUUCCGUUUGCUGUCAGUACUGAUAGCUUCUUGGUGUGUUUCUAUACAUAUGUUUAGAAGAGAAUUGCUGUGGCUGUGAAAGGUCACUGAAACAACUUUGAAAUCUCUGUUUUGGGGAGGAUUAAGGGUGCAGAGCUGUAGCAGCAGGGACUGACUGAAUAAGCUGCCUGGAAAUAUGCAAACACCUACCUAACAUGUGAUUUUAAAAUGUUUUGUUGUACUUUUUGUAGCGUUCUCAGUGUUGUCUUUAUCUAAUUAUAACACCUUGUGAGUUGGUGUCAAGCAAACGACUCUUUCUACGGUCAAAUUGCUCAUUUUGCUUUCAGUUCAGCAGCUUAACACUGGGACAUUAUUGAUGCAAGCUAACUGUCACUGAAGAGUGCCAGUGGUUUCUAUACUUAGAACUGACAUACCAAGGCAGGAUGGUUGAGCUGCUAAUGCACAGCCAAGUGGAGUAGAGUGCAGGUCCAGGCAGACUGGAGAGCAGAUAUGCAGGAUAUGAUUUAUAUUUUAUGCCCUUAUGGUGCUGAAGAACAUGAUUUAAUGUUUGUUUGAUGCAUUUUCUUUCUGUGUCCUCCAGAAUCUUUUGCAGGCCUCAUAAAGAUGUGUAAAAAAAAGCGUUCGGACAAAUUAGUUUUUGCAUAUGAAAAUGAAACAACUGAGCACAUUUAUUCAUGCGGUGGGGGGAAUCCCAGUUUAAUCCCCUUAGGGUAAAUAUACUCUGAUGCAAUCUAAUGGGAUUUUUAUAUUAUUAUUAUUUUUUUUUUGCCAAAAAUCUUGGGUCCCAUCUGACCAAAGCACAAGGUUUCAGUAAAAUUCUAAGUGGGAUGCUUUUGAGCUCAUCUCCUACGAGCUACUGGGAACCAGUAACUGCCAGUUGCAUUCAUAUCAAUUUCCGAUCAAACUCUGUACUGGCAAACUUUGAUCAGCUUUGUGUCUGUAACCAUGGCGACGUCUGAGCCAGUGUAUGAGGCUUAAAUAACACGGUAACUACUGCCUGAAUAAAGGCUAAUUUCUAACACUCAAGUGCCUAGCAGCAAUAGCUUAGUUUUUAAUAUAACUGAGCUGAUUCUGCUAAUCUAUGUUGGGAUUUUCACGUGGUUUUGAAGUGUCGAGUGUUUAAGAAACAGCAGCUGCUUGAAAGACGUUUUAAUAUCAAUGACUGAAUGUAUUAACUACUGUACAGGUCCAGAUUUGCUAUGUGAAUUUUGUAAGAAUAACUGCCUUGCAGAGUAUUUUUGUCUGAGGUUUUAUUGUUCUUAUAUAAGAUUCCCAGUUCAUUCCAACACGUUUGGGCUGAUAUUUAAGGACAGCUUCAUUUUAAAAUGAUCUUUAAAAGUGACAUUUAGUGUCUGCUUCUCUACAGAGAACAGAAAGACAAUCAGAAAAAUGCCAAAAUAAGUUGGAGGUUUUGCUUGUUAAUCGGAUAUAAUUGGAUGACAACAGGUUUAAUAGAAAAACAGUAAAUUUAAUUUCAAUAAGAAGGUUUCAGUUGUAUUCUGCGGCAGAUGAUAUUGUGGAGUUUACUUUGGUUGCAGCUGUUUUUGUAACUCCUUGAUUUGUGCCAAUUGAAUGUAACAUAGCUACUAAAUAGCCUCAUCGUCAUCUGUCCAGUCUAUAGUGACGACAGUGUAUAUGUGGGAGUAUGUUCACAUAUCAGAUUCUUCAAAUAAAACUGGAUAUUCAA